AUGUGCUUUAAAUUUAAAAAAAUUUCUUGAAUACAGAAAAUAAUAAGAGAUUUCCAGAAGAAUCUGGUAGACGCUGGCGCGGCUCGAAAUAAACACUGUCAAUCGGCGUAUCGCACGACUGAAUGCACGCGCGAUUAAAAUUUCGUUUAUUUUGAGACGAACGCUCAAUAUCGAGACCGACACGAGUGCUAUCACGGUGCUUUUGCGUCAAUCGAUUUUUUUUCAUUAUUAUUACUAGUUAUCGCGCGGCUUACAUAGUGGCCGGCAGUGAUGAAUUGCCCCGCCGACGAGACAGACAUUUAGAGCUCACGAGAUCUUCGUGGAGUCGAGGACGCCAAGGACGUCCCGACGUAUUUGUGCAACGUCUAAAGAGAAAAGUGUCUAUUUUACUAUCAACCGACCAUAAAAAAUUUAAAACGUCCAAGAUCCUGGUACAUUUAUUGCAAAUUUUCGAAAAAGUGAAGUAAACAGAAAAAAGACAUUCAUUAUUUUUUAUUCUGACUAAAGUACAAUUAAGUAAGGAUACUGUGAUAACAUAAUCUAUUUGAUAUAAAAUCUUCAUCGCGAUCUGUAUCAACGAAGUUUUUACUUCUCUCUAUCAAAAUAUCGAUAUAUUGUAAAUAUACAUUUGACACUCGAUAGAACAAUAUAUACAUAUUACGAUAAAAUUAUCGUAAUACGGAAGACAGAAAUAGAGAGUAAGAUAUCGUGAAAAGUGUAAAUUACACACAUCAACGUGAAAAUAACAGACGUUUUAUUAAUACUUCAACAUGUCUUUUCUCAACGAAACAUUGUUGGUGUUGGCAUACACAGCCAACAUGAUGGCUACGUUGCCCGAAAAAACAGAUUUAAAGAAUACUAGCGUAGCUCAGAAUAUCACCACCACGACCUUGUCACCAGAAGAGGUGGAGAACAAAUUUGAUUUGGACGAUCAAUGGUAUAUGUGGCGAUGUUAUGAGCCGUAUGGUUGUUUUUACAUCGGAGCACCUUGGUCUGGAGAAAAUCGACCGGUAUCUACGUUUCCAGCACGCCCGGAUAGCAUAAAUCCCCGCUACGUCCUUUACACACGCGAAGAGGCUGAAAUGCCCCACGAAUUUAAGAUCGAUAGUUUCGAAACGAUCCGAGAAGCGCCCUUCAACAACAAGAAUAAUGUGUACUUCAUCAUUCAUGGAUUCCUCGAUAAUGGCGAUAAAACGUGGGUCUUGAGGAUGAUGAAGGAGUUGCUGCUGCGGGAGGACUGCAACGUCGUGAUCGUCAACUGGAUUGCCGGGGCUGGACCACCCUACACGCAGGCGGUGGCGAACACGCGGCUGGUGGGCGCGAUGACAGCUCGCUUGGCGGCACAGCUGAUCGAGAUCACGCAGAUACCGCUCUCGAAGACGCACUGCAUCGGGCACAGUUUAGGCGCCCACACUUGCGGCUACGUUGGAUACACCUUGCGAAAGCGAUACGGCUACAAAUUAGGCCGAAUUACAGGCCUUGAUCCGGCGGAACCGCACUUUAGCCAUACCUCUCCCAUGGUCCGACUGGAUCCAACGGACGCGACAUUCGUCACGGCUGUGCAUACCGAUUCUAGUUUAUUCAUUAGCGGCGGCCUUGGCAUCACGCAGCCGGUUGCACAUAUCGAUUUCUAUCCAAAUGGCGGCAGAAAUCAACCCGGCUGUAACGAGGGUGUACUCAAUUCUAUCACCUUGGAACGCGGCAGUUUCUUUCGCGGGAUUAAAAGGUUUCUGGGAUGCAAUCAUAUUCGCAGCUACGAGUACUUCAUCGAGAGUAUCAACACGCGGUGUCCGUUCUUAACCGUGCCCUGCAGCUCCUGGGAUAAGUUCCAGGAGGGCGGGUGCUUCGACUGCGAGAAGCAGUACUGUCCCAGUUUCGGAUUGGACGCUCAGCCCGGGAAUUACCACGCGUCCGUGUACCUGAUGACUGGGCACGACAGGCCGUUCUGCAAGGGUCACUACAAGCUGACGAUAAAUAUCUCCAAGACGGACGAGAGCCUGUCGCACGGCGGGGAGGUCGGCAUGUUCGUCGUGCGCGUCAUCGGGAUGAACGGCAAGAAAACCGAGGAAAUUGAGCUGAGCUCAACCUCCAAGUACUAUGAGCCCGGUAGCACGCACACAAUCGUCCUGCCCGGUGACAUCGUCGGGAAACCGUACGCGGCUGAGGUCACCUGGAAGUAUCAAACCUCGGUCUUCAACCCGUUGACGUGGAGGCUGCUUCACACGCCGCGGGCUUACAUCGAUUCGUUGGCUAUUAAGAAUCUGGAAUCGAAUUACGGGAUUAUCGUGUGUCCGGACAACACGAAAACGCUGAUCGCGAAUGAGCCCAAAAUCUUGACUUCGGAAAAUUGCGACGUGCAACACAAUGCAGUUUCCACGUGAAGAACCAACUUUUUCAUAUAGAAAGAAUACAGAUAGAAAAGUGAAAACGGAAUAUCCUAGUAUUUUACGAUAUCGCUACAUAGAAAAAAAAUCAUCAUUCGAGAAUCACCAUAUAAUCACUAUAAGUCGAGGGGGACUCCACAGAGUCCCCCGUAAGACUUCUCGAUUUCACAUGGAUGACAGCUAAUUUCCGGAAACUCCGGCGAUCUUCUAAUGCGAUCCGAGCUGCGUAUUCCGCGUAAGCGAACAGCCGAUCGAACGCGAACGAGCGCGAAUCCCGCAUAAUAGCGCCGGUUUCCCUCGCAACCAAUGGCAAAGUCACGAUCCUUUCACUGUCAUUACACGCCCGGGGUCUUCCCCCCCCUCCCUCUUUCUUUCUCCUCUUCCGGGCGCUUUCGUGCAACAUCGUCACGUUGUCAUUGAUCCCGUAAUUUGCGACCGCAUCGAUUGCGCUUUUGUUCGACCGAUUACGAGAACCAACGAUGAACAAUGCCAUAACUAACGACGUUAGACAAACGGUUAGGAAUCAGGGUCUUUAGUACGAAGAAAAGGAGCGAAGGAAAUUUCUCGACGUUAAAACGCGUGUAUUUCAUGAUUAUCGCGACGAGUAUUUGAUUGUUCUGUUUAUAACGAGACAGAGCUGUUAUAACGUUCCGAUAAUAAUUUCGUAAUUCCUUUUGUCGCAUGAAAUUAUGUAACGCGAGAGACGAGACAAAGUGGGCCGUACCGUGUACGACUUCUGCGUUCCGAAUGAGCUACGAAAAUCUAUGAGAAAUUCCAUGAAAGCGUCUGAUUCGAUUCGUACAGACCGUAAUCAAUUUGUUUUCAGGAGUUACGUAAUCGAUAAGUUUAGUCAACACGCGGCGUUUAUGAAUAGAAGCGAGACCCGAGGAUGACACUCUAAACUAGGAAAAAAAACUUAGGUAAAAAUUUAAUAUCAUAUUAUUUAAUUUCGAGUUAGCGCGUAUUUAUAUACAGAUAUUUCAUUACUAGACAUAAGUUUGUAAUGUAAGUGAUCCAGUCUUAUGACUUCAGUUAGGAAUUAUUCUUAAGCGCAGAUGUACAUACGUAUAUACGUAAAAUCGAUUUAGAAAUAUUUCACGCAAAUAUUGUUACUCUACUCUGUUAUUGUCGAAAUGUACCACUAUUUUGAAUGAACUGUAUAC